AGAGUGGUUUGUUGGUGACCCCGGUUGUUGGAUUCAUAGAGGAGUCCUUCUGUCCCUGUCCGAACCCAGCUGAGGUCAGCGCCGUGUUCCAAGUCCCUCUGGAGUUCUUCACCAGCGAGAAGGACCAUUGUACUGUCCACGGUGCUGCUGGGAUGGUGGGGCCGAUGCACUCUUUUCACUUUGUGGACCCCGAUUCAGGAAGCCAGUAUCACAUAUGGGGACUGACUGCCAUGUUGGCCAUACUGGUUGCUGCCCUCGCUCUCAGGAAAAAACCUGAGUUUGAUGUUGGUUUUGACUCUGAGGAUCCGUCAUCUUUCUUCCAACAGAUUCUCCAUAGAAGAAUUAGUAAACUAUGACCAAUUUUCACAAUGUUAGUAACACAUUUGUGCCAAUACAAGAGAGAUUUGUUAUAUAAUCAAAUAGUAUUAGUGUACUGUAUUAAUUGUGGGGAUAGAAGUGCAAUGUGAAACCUUACUUACUUGUAUGAAGAGAUGAAUAUUAAAAACCUUUUAAAGCUUUUUUUUUUUUUUAUAACUACUGCAUCUAAAAAAUAAGCAAAUCUAGACACUCAAUUUUUUAUUAAUUCAUUUAAUGUAGCAGCAGGAUUACAGAUAUAAACAGAAGAGUAUACAAAUGUCCAGACCAAGGCAAAUUACAUGUUAAUAAUAGUUCAGAUGUAUGAUAACACACUGGGGUUGACCUUUAUCCCGACUGCAGGGUUUUAAGGCUAGAUACUAAAGCUCAAGCUACACAGAACGGAUACAACAGAACUGUUGGAGAAUGUGGAAUAGAAAGCGAACUAGGAAAAGUGAGCAAACUGAUUACACACAAGAUACAGCUCACACUAUUGGCAAUUUAACAGUUAAUUUAUCAUGGUUGCUCCUUUUGAUCAAGCAUUUCACAGCAACAAUAGUAAUGUUGACAAGCACAUCAACACAAGAAAGCUCUCCAUAAAACAAUCUCCACUGUCUCGUCCCUUUUACCUCACAUGUACAAAUCUCAUGAGGCAUGAAGAAAAAAAACAAAAAAAAAAA